GAGCCUGGUCAACCAGGGCAACCGACUGUCGAAAUUAUCACAGAUGGCUGCGUCUUCCUUCGCUGGGCUCGCCCACUUUUAGAUGGCUCUGGCGGUCCCCUCUCGGGCUACCAAAUCGAAAUUUGUGAACUUGGUUCAACAAAAUGGAACCGAGCCAGCCAACAGUUACUCUUUGAGGCAAAUGAGGCCCGGCUUGACGGUUUGGGGGCCGGAAAAGAUCUCCAAUUCCGCGUAAUUGCCAUUAACAAGGCAGGCCAAAGCCCGCCCUCCGAACCUUCGAAGCCAGUGCGACUUGGUACGCUCAGUGAUUUGCAAAUGAUUGACUCCCUAUUUGUAUUUUUAGAAUUGAGCUGCCAUGGCAAGUGCCAAUACUUAGGGGAGUGA